GCAAGUUCAGCAAGUGCAAGUGGCCGUCGGUCGAGAUUUCUUGAAAAAUUUGUCGAAGAAUUAUUAUUAAUUUUUUGCCGUGAAAUGGACGCUAUGCUCCUUCAGUUGUUUGAUUCCAGCAGCUCCUCUGAAGAAUCUUCUUCCUCCUCCUCAGAAUCCGAGGAUGAGCCAGAAAUCAUCCCAAGAGAACCCCAUGAAAAAAUUCAGGGGUACUGCUCCAUCGUUGACGCAUACAGCUAUUCUGACUUUCGGGCACAUUUUCGACUGAGCAGAGCUUCCGUUGAGAUGUUAUUGCGUGUGUUGGAGAAUCAAUACAUUGGAGUCCGCCGUCAUCCACCAUUUCCCUUCAAACAUGCCAUUCUAAUGUCGCUGUGGACGCUGGCAAAUCAGGAGAGUUUCCGUGGUGUCGCUGACCGUUUUGGCGUUAGCCGUGGGCAUUGUCACAGAGUUUUUUUAUGUGUGUGUCAGCUGUUAUGCAACAAUGUACAAAGGUGGAUCCGUUGGCCAGCAGCAGGAUUGGAACAAGAAAGGUGUCUACAAGGAUUUUCAAAUCUGAGAGCAGUAACUGUCCCUGGAACUUUUGCAGUGAUAGAUGGGACUCACAUUCCAAUUCCUGGACCCUUGCAUGAUGAGUCAUUUUACAACCGUAAAGGUUUCCACUCAGUUUUAGCACAAAUAGUGUGCACCCAUGAUUUUGAAAUCAUAGACCUUUUCUGUGGGUUCCCUGGGUCUUGCCAUGACGCACGCAUGUGGGCUGAAAGUCCUUUGUGUCAAAGGCUGCAAGAACAUCCUGGUCAGUUACUUCCUGAUGAUGCUCAUAUAUUAGCUGACUCAGCUUACCCCAUAACUACUCGCACAUUGACGCCGUUUAAAAAUGAUGGGCACUUGACCCCAGAACAGAAGUACUUCAAUACUGUAGGAAGCUCCUCACGAGUUGUUGUGGAACAGACGAUAGGUAAAGUAAAAUGUCGCUUCAGAAGAUUAAGAUAUCUGCACAUUAAUAAUUUAUCCUAUGCUAAGUACAUCAUAACAGCUUCUUGUAUCCUUCACAACAUACGAAUUAAGGAACCAGAAGGUGAUGAAGAUGAUAUUGAUUACGACAGUGAUGAUCAUGAUGAUCAUGAUGACCCUGACUUUGAUGAAUAUCUGGCCGAAGAUGGGCCUGACAACCAUGGAGAUGGAAGGGUCCCCUAUAAUAGGGUUGCAGAAAGAGUGGCAGGACAAAACAGAAGAAUACAAUUGAUGACAGAUAUGUAUAGGAACCGACCUCGCGAUGUUGCUGCAUGAAUUUUUGUUUUAGAAUGACCUGACUUGAAGAACUUAAUGUAGUAUUGAAGUACUGGUAAUUUUGGUUGAUGCCAACGUUUGGAAGCAGCUGUCGACCAUAGUUGUUGGUGGCAUUUUGAGUACUUUAAAAAAUCUUCCAGGAUGGGUGCAAGGUCACGUCGAAUUUAUGAGUGAUUGCUGUUUGAUCAUCCUGCCUCUUUCAAUCUAUAGCAAGUUUACAUGUUAUAGAUUACUAGCGCAUCUUUUGUUAUUGCUUCUUCUUUGAAACUUAGCCUUUGUUUUGUAAGCAAUUUUUCUUUCUUUGUAUUUUUCACGUUCAAAUAUAAAAUUGGCUCAG